UGCAGCCUGGGAGCCAAGCCCAUCAGAAGCUCCUUGCUCGAGGAGAUAUAAUUUCACACACAGUCCCAGAGAGAUGCUACAGGUUGGGCUGGGCCUCCCUGGCUCCCCAGGGGGUGCUGUGGAAGAUCUCCCUUUGGACAAGCUGGGAAAGAGGAAUAGGUCCCCCUCGGCCCUGCUGCACUCAGGUGGAGGUGAUAUGGAAACUACACAAGAGCCAGCUGAUUCCCUUCAAAUCCCGGUGCUGAUCAUCUCCGAUGCUGAGACUUGGGACAUCGAUGCAUCCUCUUGCGUGGGCUGUGGCCAGUUUGUGGACUGGGAUAAGAUGCCGGAGUUGGAUCGGCAGCCAAGCACUCACAGCCAGAGCCUCCCCCACACCAGCAAAGAGCUGAAAAAGCUGGCAAGAGCAGGUCACUGGGCUACGGACCACGCGCUAAGAGCUCGGGCGUACCACCAGAUCAUCCAGCGCAUCCCCUGCCGGCUGGUGACCCCCGAUGCUCUGGUCUACAGGGACGUAGCAAGCAGGCUGUUUGGAAAGCAGAGCGUGAGCUCCCACCCCUUGCCCGAAUUCCUCGGCGAGGGCACGCUGCCCACGUAUUGCCUGACCAUGGAAGGCGUAACCGCCGUGAAGAAAAUCCUCAUCUGCCUUGGCAACCUCUUCCCUGACAUCACCUACGGCCCAGUUCUCCCGGCUGCCGUGGCUCUGCUGCUGCACUACAGCGAAGAUGAAGCUCAGUGCUUUGAGAAUGUCUCGCGCCUCAUCGCUUGCAAUGAGGCUCACACCAGCUACAUAGACCAGUCCUUCCUGGCCCAUCAGGCCUCCUGUAUGACUUUUGGGGAUCUGGCCAGCAAGCACUGCCCAGCCGCCCACAGAUUAAUCGCCAGCACCUGUGAAAAUGUCUUUGAGGUCUAUUCCGAGUGGCUGGGGUGGAUCUUCGGUGACCUUCCAUUUGACUACGCUAUCCGCGUCCUCGACGUGUUCCUGCUGGAGGGUCAGAAAGUCCUCUACCGUAUCGCUCUGGCCUUGCUGAUGCAGUACAGGCUCUUGGUGACCUCCGGAGAGCUGGAAGCGACCAACGUCCAGGGUGAGCUGAAGGCUUUCGUGCAGAAUGUGAAGAAGCAUAUGGCGGCUGACAAGCUCCUGGAGAGAGCCUUUGGGAUUCGGCUGUUCUCCCACAAGGAAAUCUGGCUUCUUCAGAUGGCCAACAGGAAAGCGCUGGCGGAGAAAGGCAUAACGGUGGUUCAGCGCAGGCAGCUGUUCCACCUGGCAGUAGACAUGCUGAAAUUCAGCUCCACCAUCGUGACUGCUCAGGAGAUGCGCAUCGUGUGGUCCUGGAUUCCCAAGCGAUUCUCCUUAUUCCCCCCUGUCCUGCUAUUCUCCACCUCAGAGAACGGAUACAGCCUGCAAAGGUUUUACUCGUGCUGUGAAGGCUACGAACCGACAGUCCUGCUCAUAAAAACUGCUCAGGGGGAAGUGUGUGGUGCCUUCCUCUCGUCUGACUGGAAUGAAAGGAAGAAGAGCGGGGCAGCGUCCAGCUUCUUUGGAACAGGGGAAUGCUUUGUUUUCAGCGUACGCCCUGAAAUGGAGAGAUACGAGUGGGUGUUCGUCAAGAAACCAGAGCUGACCAAAGCAGUGCCGCGCGCCCCACGCCAGCGGUCCCCUUCUCCCGUCCCCCGGAUCCGUGUCUCAUCCCCUCCGGACGGCCACAAAGCCAGCUCGCACCAUCUCACCGUGCCGGUACUGGAGAGUGCUAGAGGCCGCCUCUCCCCAUUCCUGGCAAUCCGACACUUCCUCCUGCCUUCGAAAACAGCCUCCAUGUUCAUGUCCGGGACUCGGGAAGGAAUCAUUAUCGGUGGUGGGGGAGGCCAGGCUCUGUACAUUGAUGCUGACCUCUGCUAUGGAAGAACAGAGCACUGCGAGACAUUUGACAACCCUCCUCUCUGUCAAGAGAACUUCCAGGUGCAGCUCCUGGAAGCCUGGGGCUUUCAAAACGUCUAGCUCCUGUGACAUCGCCUCUCCCUGCGCAGGCUCCACCACACAGGACACCACAGCUAGAAACGAGCCAGACGCCACAAACGACACACUGAUGCCUGAUUCUAAUGGAGGGAGUUUGCACAUGGAUGUCUGAACCUCACUACCGCUGGCCGUUCUCCAUGUCUUCCUUCUCCAUCAUAAUGGACUGUGCUGGCAUGGAUAGGAAAACCAUGCACCACAGGGCAGAGUUCUAGUAUGGGCACUGCCAUACUAUACGAUUGUAUUCAUAACAAAGUCUAGAACCUUGGCACACAAACCAAACCAAAUCCCAAACUUUCUAAGAUUUGAAAAGAUGAGCUAAUUUGGGGGAAGCAGUAGGCGGAAUUUUUCAGGUUUCUUGUCUCUCUGCAUUCUUGGCUUCACUGUGAAGUGACCUCAUGGUAGCCAGCACUGGGCUAUGAAUCUUACUGGGAAGAUUAACCUGUAACUUACAGGAUUUCCAUCCUGGAUGCAAGCCCAGAAUAAUAACCAGGAGGGGAACCUCUGUCAUCUUUGGAGGUCAACAGUCACUAUUAAACACGAUCUGUGUUAAUCAUAUACCACAAUACAAGCAGCUAUCAUGGAACGUUCCAGAUAGUUACGUCAGAACUGGGCCCCUGAAUUUUCUGCCCCAUCUCUUCAAAUGGAGCCCAGCAGGAUAAGGCGUAAGGGUCCUCAAAUGCCCACUAGACUUUGCUCCAGCCUUAAUAAGUAGAACUUUGUAGUUGUGCAUUGCAGGCAGGAAUGGAGAGAGAAUGCAGGGAAACAGCAGAUCACAGUGCAGGCCUGUAUGCGGGGGAGGGGGAGGCGAAGGGUGCGAAAGCCAAGUAAGCACGCUCCAGGGGUACGUCUAAACUACAUGGCUCCAUCGACGGAGCCAUGUAGAUUUGUUUGUUUGGC